AUGAUUAAUAUAAGAAUCCUCACACUCCCAAACCUAAGCAAUUUAUCUUUCUUUCCCCAUUUUAUUUUCCAGGUUAUCAGGUGCAGAGCAGCUGUACUCUGGAAGCCAGAUGCACCAUUUUCCAUUGAAGAGGUAGAAGUGGCCCCACCAAAGGCAAAGGAAGUUCGUAUAAAGAUUGUGGCCACAGGACUCUGCGGCUCAGAGAUGAAAAUGCUGAACAAUUGUCAACGUUUUCCCAUUAUUUUGGGCCAUGAAGCGGCUGGAAUAGUUGAGAGUGUGGGAGAAGGAGUGAGUACAGUUAAAAAAGGUGACAAAGUUAUCACACUUUUUCUACCGCAGUGUGGAGAAUGUACCUCUUGCCUAAAUAUUGGUGGCAAUGUUUGUAUAAAAGUAAAAGAGUCAUACGACGGGCUGAUGUCUGACGGCACCACUAGAUUUACCUGCAAGGGAAAAUCAAUAUAUCAUUUUGCUAAUACGAGCACUUUCUCUGAAUACACAGUGAUGAGAGAAAUUUCAGUUGCCAAAGUUGAUGCAGGUGCACCUCUGGAGAAAGUAUGCCUAAUUAGCUGUGGUUUUUCCACUGGGUAUGGUGCUGCAAUCAAUACUGCAAAGGUCACUGCAGGCUCUACCUGUGUUGUGUUUGGCCUUGGAGGAGUGGGCUUGUCUGUUAUUAUGGGCUGUAAGGCAGCAGGAGCAGCCAGGAUCAUUGGAGUGGACAUCAACAAAGACAAAUUUGAAAAAGCAAAAGAGGUGGGCGCCACUGAGUGCAUCAACCCUCAAGACUUCAAGAAACCCAUUCAAGAAAUUUUAUUUGAGAUGACCAAUGCUGGUGCAGAUUUUUGCUUUGAGGUCAUUGGAAAUCCAGAAACUGUGGUAGCUGCCCUGGCCUCCUGCCAUGAAAGCCACGGUGUCUGUGUGAUUGUGGGGUGGAUUAGUGCAAGUGUCCAACUCAGUAUCAGUGGCCUGUUGUUGUUCUCAGGACGUUCCUUGAAGGGAUCUAUUUUUGGAGGCUGGAAGAGCAGAGAUGAUGUUCCUAAGCUGGUUUCUGAUUACAUGGCAAAGAAGUUAAAUCUAAAUCCACUAAUUACCCAUACUCUGAAUUUUGAUAAAAUCAGUGAAGCGGUUGAACUAAUGAAAACUGGAAAAUGUAUCCGCUGUAUCCUGACAUUUUAA